UUCCGUUGCAACUACUCGUCUAUGACACAACUUAAAAAAUGAAUAACAAGUCGAUUUAGAUUGCAAAACCAAUUUUUUUUCUUCAUAAACAUCCGUGUAUGCGUAAUACUUCUAUUAAAAAACGCACUUGAGGAAUAAGAAGUGGUAGGGACAGAUCUUGCAUUCGCUGUUAUUAAGAUUUCUUAACAAUCCUCACAGAUGGAUUGUAUCAUAAUUGAUAAUCCACCAGUCAGUUAUUCGUUGUCAUUCAGACUGGUAACACGCGCGUAUUGUCUGACCGAUUAAAAAUUACUGGGAAAUAGGUUAGUGUAACACGAUAGGUGAGAAAGGCAAUUUUGGAAGAAAUAUUUACCAUUCGAUCUGAACUUACAAUGUCUAAGAAUGUAGGAAACACAGAAGUAUCACAUACGUUAAUCUUUUAUGUUAAUGGAAAAGAGGUAGUUGAUGAUAAUAUCAACCCAGAAUGGACAUUAUUAUGGUACUUGAGGGACAAAUUACACUUGACUGGUACCAAACUGGGUUGUGCAGAAGGGGGAUGUGGAGCUUGUACUGUAAUGAUAUCAAGGGUGGAUCGCAAAACUGGGAUUAUUACUCAUUUAGCAGCGAAUGCGUGUUUAACACCAAUCUGUGCCGUGCAUGGUAUGGCCGUGACCACUGUGGAAGGCAUUGGAAGUGUUAAAACAAAACUUCAUCCAGUUCAGGAACGUAUAGCAAAAGCACACGGCUCACAAUGUGGUUUUUGCACACCUGGCAUAGUGAUGUCCAUGUAUGCGUUGUUGAGAAGCACUCAAAAACCUACUAUGAAGGACCUUGAAAUAGCGUUUCAAGGGAACUUGUGCAGAUGCACAGGGUACCGUCCUAUUAUAGAAGCUUACAAAACUUUCACAGAAGAAUGGGAACAAUUGCAAUUAAUGUCAAACCAGCGGGAAAAUUCUUUGCCAAAUGGAUUCUGUCCAAUGGGAGAAAAUUGUUGCAAAAAAGUGCAAAUAGCAGAACCAUCCGAGGUUUUCAAUCCAAGUGAAUUCAGUCCGUACGACGCCUCGCAAGAAAUUAUAUUUCCUCCUAAUUUGCUGAUUUCUUCAACUCUGGAUGACCAAUAUUUAAUCAUUAAAGGGAAAAAUGUUACUUGGUACAGGCCGAGGACGCUUUCUGAAUUGCUUAGUUUAAAAGAACAAUAUCCACAUGCAAAAAUUGUCAUGGGAAACACAGAGAUGGGAGUUGAAGUGAAGUUCAAACAUUUAUCUUAUCCAGUUCUCAUACACCCUAUUUUGAUUAAAGAAAUGCGAGUUGUUGAGGAAUGUCCAGGAAUGUUAAGUGUGGGUGCUAGUGUUACACUAGUUGAAUUAGAAAAAGCCUUAAGAGAACAGAUGAAUAAAAAAACAGAACACGAAACAAGAAUCUUCAGUGAAAUAGUUAACAUGCUCCAUUGGUUUGCUGGGAAACAAGUCAGAAACGUAGCUGCUGUUGGUGGAAACAUCAUGACAGGAAGUCCAAUAGCAGACCUUAGUCCUAUUUUUAUGGCUGGGGAAAUAAAGUUGAAUCUUAUUAACUCAAAAAGUGAGAAGAGGCUUAUCCCAAUGGAUCAUACUUUCUUUAAGGGUUAUCGACAGAAUAUUGUUUCACCAGAUGAGAUUUUACUUUCAGUUCAAAUACCUUUUUCUAAACAGGAUCAAUACUUUAUUGCUUACAAGCAGGCAAGAAGACGAGACGAUGACAUUACAAUAGUCAAUAUGGCAUUGAAUGUAUUUUUCGAACCCGGGGCUAAUGAUGUUCAAAAAGCGUACUUGGCAUUUGGCGGAAUGGCUCCAACAACUGUUUUAGCCAGGAAAACUUGCGAGACUAUGAUCGGAAGAAAAUGGAAUAAAAUGCUUCUGGAAGAUGUUUACUCUUCACUGUUGAAUGAGCUGCCUCUUCCAGACAGUGUUCCAGGAGGGAUGGUCAAAUAUCGCAAAUCUCUAACAUUAAGUCUCUUCUUUAAAGCAUUUAUGCACAUAGCCGGGAAACGUCAGAUAUUGUUAGAAUCUCCAUUGUCGUUGAAAGAAUUUGAAAGUACGUCAGAUGUAUUCCAUUACAAGGAACCACAAAGUUCUCAAUAUUAUCAAGAGGUUCUACGAGACCAGGAAAAGAUUGAUUUAAUUGGAAGGCCUGUAGUUCACGCCAGUGCUUUCAAACAGGCAACAGGGGAAGCUAUUUACUGCGACGACCUACACAAAUUUUCCGAGGAACUUUAUUUAACUUUGGUUUUGUCAACCAGAGCUCAUGCGAAAAUUGUGAAGAUUGAUGCAAUCAAAGCUCUAUCUCUGGAGGGUGUAGUAGCCUUCUUCAGCGCGAAAGAUGUACCUGAGAAGCAACGUUACCACGGUCCAGUAUUCCACGACGAGGAAUUCUUCGUGUCGGAGGAGGUAACUAGUCAUGGGCAAGUAAUUGGAGCAAUCGUUGCUGUCAAUCAGUUUAUUUCACAAAGAGCAGCCAGGAUGGUUGAAGUAGAAUAUGAAAACUUGGAACCAGUGAUUAUUUCCAUAGAGGAUGCCAUUAAACACCGUUCCUUUUUUAACGAAACUCCGAAACGCAUAAGGAAGGGAGACGCUGAUGAAGCUUUCUCUCGAUCGACUAAUAUACUUGAAGGUGAAGUUCGAUUAGGGGGCCAAGAACAUUUUUACCUUGAAACGCAGGCAGCAUUAGCGAUUCCGCGGGAAGACGAGUUAGAAAUAUUUUGUUCAACCCAACACCCUACAGAAAUUCAGAAACAUGUAGCACACGCUCUGAAUAUUCAUGCCAAUAAAGUUGUAAUAAGAGUGAAAAGAUUAGGUGGAGGUUUUGGAGGAAAGGAAUCGCGUGCUUCUGUACUCGCUCUACCAGUUGCAUUUGCUGCACAUAGAUUAAGAAAGCCAGUUCGCUGUAUGUUAGACAGAGAUGAAGAUAUGAUGACAAGCGGGACAAGGCACCCGUUUUACUUCAAGUAUAAAGUUGGAUUUGAUGGUAUUGGUUUGAUUAAAGUUUUGCAAGUUUUCAUUUACAAUAACGCUGGUUACUCGCGCGAUCUUUCUUUUGCGGUUCUGGAACGUGCUAUGUUCCACGUUGAAAAUGCUUAUAAAAUACCAGUGUGCGAUGUUAAUGGCUUUGUAUGUAAAACUAAUUUACCAUCAAAUACAGCAUUCCGCGGGUUUGGAGGACCACAGGGCAUGUUUGCAGUUGAGACUAUUAUAAGACAUAUAGCGGAAUAUUUAAAUAUAGAGCCUGCUAAGGUUUCAGAAUUAAAUCUAUACAGAGAAGGGGACACGACUCACUAUAAUCAAAAACUUAUUAAUUGUACAAUACGUCGUUGUUGGGAGGAGUGUCUCCUAACUGCUAAUUAUAAUGAACGACUUGCAGAGAUUCAGAAGUAUAACAGAAUAAAUAGGUACAAGAAGAGAGGACUGGCAGUAGUCCCAACGAAAUUUGGUAUUGCUUUCACUGUGCUGUUUUUGAAUCAAUCAGGAGCACUUGUACACGUUUACACUGAUGGUUCUGUCCUACUUAGUCAUGGUGGUGUUGAGAUGGGUCAAGGUUUACAUACAAAAAUGAUACAAGUAGCAAGUAAAGUAUUAAAAAUAAACGCAGAUAAAAUACAUAUAAUGGAGACUGGCACAGACAAAGUUCCGAAUACUUCUCCCACAGCAGCUAGUGCUGGUUCAGAUCUGAAUGGUAUGGCUGUUCUGAAUGCUUGCCAAGAGAUUAUGAAACGACUAAAGCCAGUAAUGGAUAAAAAUCCAACUGGAACAUGGGAAGAGUGGGUGGCAACUGCUUACAACGAGAGAAUCAGUCUUUCAUCUACUGGCUUUUACAAAACUCCUGACAUAGGAUACUCGUUCGAAACUAAUUCUGGAAAUCCGUUUAAUUACUUCACAUAUGGCGUUGCGUGUUCAGAAGUCGAAAUCGAUUGUUUGACUGGUGACCAUUGCGUAGUGCAAACUGACAUUGUGAUGGAUUUAGGUCAGAGUCUUAAUCCCGCGAUUGAUAUAGGCCAAAUUGAGGGUGGUUUCGUCCAGGGAUAUGGUUUAUUUACACUUGAAGAAAUGGUGUAUCUAAGAAAUGGAGUUGUUUUUAGUAGAGGACCAGGUGCAUAUAAAUUGCCAGGAUUUGCAGACAUUCCAGAGGUGUUCAAUGUGACAUUAUUGAAGGGUGCUUCAAAUCCCAGAGCCGUUUAUUCGUCCAAGGCUGUUGGGGAGCCACCACUGUUUCUUGCAUCCUCUGUUUUCUUUGCCAUAAGAGAGGCCAUCAAAUCUGCACGCCAAGAGUAUGGUCUCAAUGGCUAUUUCAGAUUCGACUCACCUGCAACAUCAGCUCGCAUACGACUAGCAUGCGUCGACGACCUCACGUCAAAGAUUAAAGACGCUGAUUUAAGUUGUCAGUGGAACGUUGUUCCAUAGAGUCCAAUACAUUCCAAGAGCCGCGAUCUUUAUUACUACAUGUUAAUAUAUUGUAAAUAAAUGUGUAACGAUUGUUAUUUUAAAUAAUGUAUUAUAUUAAAGUAUGUAUACUAACUAUAUUUUCAUUCAGUCUAAUAAUAAAAAAUAAAUCAUUUUUCCACGAAG